GCUAACCGGCUUCAUUUGGAGCCGGAGCCUGGCUGUUGCUCAGGUGACCAGUGUCUCUCUCAGAGGGUGCUGCCAACGGGCCUGGCCGCGAUGAUCCAGAAUGUUGGAAAUCACCUGCGAAGGGGCAUCGCCUCUGUGUUCUCGAACCGCACAUCCCGGAAGUCCUCCUCUCGCGCGGAGACUGCCGCUGGGGCCAUGGGGGACAGCGGGGGGUACAGGAACCCCACGGAGGUGCAGAUGAGCCAGCUGGUGCUGCCUUGCCACACCAACCAGCGUGGCGAGCUGAGUGUCGGGCAGCUGCUCAAAUGGAUCGAUACCACCGCCUGCCUGUCCGCCGAGAGGCACGCUGGCUGUCCGUGCGUCACUGCUUCCAUGGACGAUAUCUAUUUUGAACACACCAUUAGUGUCGGACAAGUGGUGAAUAUCAAGGCCAAGGUGAACCGGGCCUUCAACUCCAGCAUGGAGGUGGGCAUCCAGGUGGCCUCUGAGGACCUGUGCUCUGAGAAGCAAUGGACUGUGUGCAAGGCCUUGGCCACCUUUGUGGCCCAUCGGGAGCUCUCCAAGGUGAAGCUGAAGCAGACUAUGCCACGCACAGAGGAGGAGAAAACAGAGCACAGCGUGGCUGCCGAGCGCCGGCGCAUGCGGCUGCUGUAUGCGGACACCAUGAAGGACCUUCUGGCCAACUGUGUCAUUCAGGACGAUCUGGAGAGCAGAGACUGCAGCUGCAUGGUACCGGCCGAGAAAACCCGCGUGGAAAGCGUGGAGCUGGUCCUGCCUCCCCAUGCCAAUCACCAAGGCAAUACCUUUGGGGGCCAGAUCAUGGCCUGGAUGGAGAACGUGGCCACCAUCGCAGCCAGCCGGCUGUGCCGUGCCCACCCUACGCUGAAGGCCAUUGAGAUGUUCCACUUCCGGGGCCCCUCCCAGGUUGGGGACCGCCUGGUGCUCAAGGCCAUCGUGAACAACGCCUUCAAGAAUAGCAUGGAGGUGGGCGUGUGCGUGGAGGCUUACCGCCAGGAGGCUGAGAGCCAUCGGCGGCACAUCAACAGUGCCUUCAUGACCUUCGUGGUCCUGGACGCGGAUGACCAGCCUCGGACACUGCCCUGGAUUCAGCCCCAGCCGGGGGAUGGUGAGCGGCGCUAUCGAGAGGCUAGUGCCAGGAAGAAGAUCCGGCUGGACAGGAAGUACAUCGUAUCCUGUAAACAGGCAGAAAUGCCCCUCUCUGUCCCCUGGGACCCUAGCAACCAGGUCUACCUGAGCUACAACAACGUCUCCUCCCUGAAGAUGCUGGUGGCCAAGGACAACUGGGUGCUGUCUUCUGAGAUCAACCAGGUCCGCCUGUACACUCUGGAGGAAGACAAGUUCCUGUCCUUUCACAUGGAGAUGUUGGUGCAUGUGGACGCCACCCAGGCCUUUCUGCUGCUCUCGGACCUGCUUCGGAGGCCCGAGUGGGACAAGCACUACCGGAGCGUGGAGCUCGUGCAGCAGGUGGACGAGGACGAUGCCAUCUACCAUGUCAUCAGCCCUGUCCUCGGCGGCGAUGCCAAGCCCCAGGACUUUGUGAUCCUGGCCUCUCGGCGGAAGCCUUGUGACAAUGGGGACCCCUACGUCAUUGCGCUGAGGUCAGUUACACUGCCCACACACCCUGAGACACCAGCAUACAGGCGCGGGGAGACCCUCUGCUCUGGUUUCUGCUUCUGGCGAGAGGGGGACCAGCUGACCAAGGUGUCCUACUACAACCAGGCUACCCCAGGCUUUCUCAACUAUGUGACCACCAACGUGGCUGGUCUCUCCUCGGAGUUCUACACCACCUUCAAGGCCUGUGAGCAGUUCCUGUUGGACAACCGUAGUGAUCUGGCCCCCAGCCUCCAAACCCUCUAGCCCCUGCCCCACAGUGGCCACCGCAUGCCCACUCCCCCUCCAUCCUGCUGCCCCUAGGGCACAUUGGCAGUGCAUUGAGGAAGACAGGAGCAUUUAUUCCUUGCUGCCUC